GAGGCCACCAUGCAGCUCUUCAUCCGCGCCCAGUCCCUCCACGCCCUCGAGGUCUCCGACACCGAGACCGUCGCCCAGCUCAAGGAGCGGGUGGCGGUGCUAGCGGGCGUCCCCCCCGAGGACCAAGGGCUGCUGGUUGCCGGGACCCCCCUGGAGGAUGACACCGUGCUGGGACGCAGCCCACUCCCCGAAUUUGCCACCCUCAACCUCUCCACCCGCCUCCUGGGGGGGAAAGUCCACGGAUCCCUCGCCCGUGCUGGCAAAGUGAGGGGCCAGACCCCCAAGGUGGCCAAGCAGGAGAAGAAGAAGAAGAAGACAGGGCGGGCGAAGCGGCGCAUGCAGUACAACCGGCGCUUCGUCAACGUCGUCCCCGGCUUCAGCAAGAAGAAGGGUCCCAACGCCAACUCCUGAGCCCCGGUGCC